GGGUCUCUCAUUUGACGGCGUCGCAAUCGCAGCCCUACACCAAAAUCACACUGCGAUCAAAGUUAAAAAAAAAAAAACAACCCUUUUGUAUUUAAUUUCGUUUAAUCCCAACAAUUUUCUACAAAUCCCAUUUCCGAAUCCUCACAAUUUCCAUUCCCCAUCUUCCGAUUUUCAUCCUAAAAUCUGAAAAAACCCCCAACUCUCAAGUUUCGAUCAUAAUGUCUGACGUAGUCAACGAAGCCUGGAAAGGAUAUCUCCUCCAACUUCAGAAGCACCCUCUCAGAACCAAGGCAAUCACUGCUGGGGUUUUAGCUGGUUGCAGUGAUGCAGUUGCCCAGAAGAUUUCUGGGGUCAAAAAGCUUCAAUUAAGAAGAUUACUUCUUUUAGUGCUCUAUGGCUUUGCUUAUUCUGGACCAUUUGGGCAUUUUCUGCACAAGUUAAUGGAUAAAAUUUUCAAGGGAAAGAAAGGCAAUACAACUGUUGCAAAGAAGGUGUUGUUGGAACAAUUGACCAGCUCCCCUUGGAACAAUAUUCUUUUCAUGAUAUACUAUGGUUUGGUAGUUGAAGGGAGGUCAUGGAGUUUAGUCAAGAAUAAAGUUCGAAAGGACUACCCAACCAUUCAGUUGGCUGCGUGGCGGUUCUGGCCUAUGGUUGGUUGGGUGAAUUACCAGUACAUGCCUAUGCAGUUCCGAGUGAUAUUUCACAGCUUUGUUGGUUCCUGCUGGGCAAUCUUUCUGAAUUUGAAGGCAAGAACGGUUGCAGUAAAAGCGGCGUAGAUUGAAUUAGAUGGCUCUCUUUGCCAUCUGUUCUAUAUCUCAUAUUAGCCUAAAAAGUCGAGUACUGAUGCUCGGGGGGAGGUCGAUGACUCGAUUAUGUGUUCGGUUCGUAAAAGUAAUUGAUGGGCAAUCUGAGUAUGGAAACAGAUAGAGCAAACAACGUUAUAUUGAGGCUGAUACAAGUUUGAUAACUUUAGAACAAAUAUAAAUAAAAUAUUUUAUCACCUUGAAUCUAACUGAUUGGAACAAAGGAGGACGAGAAGAACAAGUGAUGGUGUUUUUUUUUUAAUGAACAUGAAGUAACUUCUUUUCUUAUAAUA